AUGGCGAGUCUCAAUGUUUUGAAGACGGCUCUCAGGGAGAAAGUUCCCAACGAGGCCUCUAUAAAGCCCUUGUCCGAAAUACAGUACAGCGAAGGAUUUGAUCUAUUUCUGCAGUAUCUAGGGUGGGAGACGUACGAACAAUUCACCAUCCCUCAAUUAUCUCAACAACUUGUCGAUCUAAGCACAACGUGUAACCAGAUCUCAGUGCUUGAGAUUGGACCAGGCCCCAAGAGCGUCCUUGCUUACGUCCCUGGCUCUUUGCGACAGAGAAUCACCAAAUACACUGCGUUUGAACCGAACAGUUUGUUUUGCGAGCAGCUGGGAGAAUGGCUAUCCACGGCCGAGGAAGCUCCCUUCCCCUCGUCAAAGGCGACGGUGGUUCAUCAGAAGCCUUUCGGACCUGACACUCGCACAGACGGGACAUACAAUAUCAUCCUCUUCUGCCACAGCUUGUAUGGAAUGGCCUCCCAAGUAGGACUCGUCAAAAACGCACUCAGCUUGCUUGUCGAGAAGCCAUACGAUGGACUGGUCAUUGUGCUCCAUCGAAAUGAUUCUUUACAUCUCGACACCCUAGUCUGUCAUCGAUCGGCCUACCUUCCUGAUGGUGUGUUUCGCAUCAAAGACAACGACAGUGCUCUCGAUAAGUUCGCAUCUUUCAUUGCUGGAUGUGCACUACAACAUAAAGAUGAGCAUGAGAAUGUCCUGACUGAGUGGCGGAGAGUCUGCCGUGCCAUGGGCCGCCGUGACGAACAGCACCCACGCCAGUUGAUCUUCGAUUCGCCUGAAGUCAUGAUGACCUUCACUAGAUAUUCAACCAGCCUGCCUGAAUUGGCCUCACAGGUGCCCCUGGUAACAGGAGACUAUAAAGUCAAGAACAAGGAGGCACAGUCUCGUAACCCAGCCGCGGUUGUCAAGCCAACAAGCACUGCGCAGGUUCAGCGAUGUGUUCAAUGGGCCUUGAAGAAUAAUGUUGGCUUGACUGUUGUUGGUGGGGGGCACAGUGCCCAUUGCCGCUGGCCUAAUGUUGUAUCAGUCGAUAUGGGUGCCUUCGACCAGAUUCACAUCGUCAAUAAUGAUACCAGAGCUGAGGGUUCCGAAACGCUCGUGGUGUCUGGGGCCGGCUGUAAGACUGGAGAUAUCAUCCGACAGACCAUGGCAGCAGGCUUGACAGUCCCUCUGGGAGCUCGGCCAAGCGUUGGCGCUGGACUUUGGCUUCAAGGUGGCAUUGGGCAUCUGGCAAGACUUUAUGGACUGGGAUGCGAUGCCAUCGUCGGAGCCGUAGUGGUCAGUGUCGUUUCUGGUCAAGUCUUGUAUGUUGGCAACGUCCCCAACCAACAUCGGCCGUCUGAUGCAAUUCGUCCAGAAAAUGAGGACGAUCUUCUUUGGGCCCUCAAAGGUGCUGGGACAAAUUUCGGAAUUGUCAUUAGCGUCAUCUUCCAAGCCUUUCCGGCUCAAUUGUUCUCGGUUCGUGAUUGGGUCAUCCCUCUAAAAGACAAGCGUCAUGCAAAGCAGGUGCUCGAGGACUUGGAUAGUCUCAUAGCGAUACUUCCAAAAGACUCAUCCGCAGAUGUAUACCUCUACUGCGAUGGUGGCAAGCUUCAUCUGGGAGUGACUUUGCUUCGAUACUCAACAGGCGAAGUUAAUCUGAAAGCGCUCCCUCUCAUCAAUGAGUUUGUGCAUGGGGUUAUCGGCCAGCAGAAGAGCUCGAAGAUUGUGGAUGCUGUCGGAUUGUUUGAUACUGAGAUGUACAUGUCCGGAAUGCAUGGUGGUCACGGUGGUGGCAAAACGUGUUCUUUCAAGAGAUGCGUUUUCCUCAAGGAUUCUGCUAUGACUGAUGCCAUCAGUGUGCUGAUAGCUGCUAUCCAAGAACGUCCCUCACCGUUGUGUUAUUUCCAUCUGCUACACGGUGGCGGAGCAGUUAGUGAUAUUACACCUGAUGCAACUGCUUUUGGCUGCCGAGACUGGAAAUUUGCUUGUGUAAUAACUGGCGUCUGGUCUUGCCAUCAAGAUGACAUAGCAGUUAUUCAAAGCAUUGUUCGCUGGGUGUACCAAGUCAUUACAGAUUUGUUACCCAUGAGCCAGGGUGUUUACAGCGCAGAUCUUGGACCUGACCCUCGAGAUGAGGCACUUGCGACUAGAGCCUUUGGGCCCAAUCGCCGGCGGCUGGUCAAACUCAAGCAGGCCUUUGAUCCUCACAACGUACUAGCUUACGCUUGUCCUCUGAGACAGUCACUUCUGCCACAGAAGCUAGUCGUUCUUGUCACUGGAGAGCAUGGUGCUGGGAAAGACUAUUGCGCCAAGAUAUGGGCUUCAGUACUCAAAACAAACGGUCAUAGCAGCCUUGUCGUCAGCAUCAGUGAUGCGACCAAGCGUGAAUACGCCGCAGCUACGGGAGCCGAUCUGGGCCGUCUUCUCGGGGACCGUGUAUACAAAGAGGAGCACCGCGAAGCAUUGACGAAGUUCUACCAGGAUCUACUGCAAAAACGGCCACGCCUAGCAGAAGAAAAUUUCAUCAACGUCGUUCAAAGCGCUGAUGUGGAUGUUCUGUUCAUCACUGGGAUGCGAGAUGAAGCGCCAGUGGCCACCUUUUCGCCCUUGAUUCAAGACGCCAGACUUAUUGAUGUUUACGUCGAGGCUAGUCCGGCAACUCGAUCCCUACGUAGGGGGCGCCACGAGAGUCAUGGUCCUGCCUACCACGAGAAGGCUCGUGGUAGCAAGUCGAAGGCCGCCACCUCUAACUAUCGACCAAGGUUUACUUUCAAGAACGAAGAAACAGGGCAUAGUAUGAUCAGAGGGUUUGUUCUUAAGCGUCUUCUUCCUCUUUUGAGCGAGGAUCUUCAAAAGUUGCUUGGCAUGAUCCGUUCAGUUCCAGACUUCCCACGACAAGGAAUCGAGUUUCGUCAUGUGCUCAACAUCUGCCAACAAAAUGGAGGACUUGACUUGUGCGUAUCUCUCAUUCGGAGCCUAUGUCCCAGUGACUUGCGCAAAGUCGAUGCAGUGGUUGGCUGUGAAGCUGGUGGAUUUAUCUUUGCCUCUGCCAUGGCAAUCUCGUUAGAUAUUCGACUGAUCGCCAUCCGUGAGGCGAACAAGCUUCCCCCUCCAACAGUCUCUGUAGUCAAGCAGAUAUCACACAUCUCAUCUCACACCUCCAAUAGUGCUUGCUGCAGCACAUUCGAGAUGGAUGCCAAUGCGCUUCGCAGAGGUGCUUCGGUAGUGGUUAUUGAUGAUGUGCUUGCGACAGGCGAAACGCUUGUUGCAGUACUGCAGUUGUUGACCAAAGCCGGGGUCGAGGUAGAAGACAUCCGUGUCAUGGUCGUUGCUGAAUUUCCGUUUCAUCGUGGGCGGGAGAAGCUACGACAGGCUGGCUUCGGACGCAUCUGGGUUCAGAGUCUUUUGUGUUUUGACGGAGAGUAG